AUGAAAAUAUAAUUAGGUUAAAUAAAUUUAAAGCACAGGGUCAUCAAACAAUUGGAAACUUAACAAUGCCAUUAAGCGUUAAAGUUUUCCAUCGACAAGUACAACCUGACGUUGCACAUCCAUGUAAAAACAAUAAUGGAAAUUGUGAACAUAUUUGUAUUCCAUCAUGGAAGAAAGCUAUUGCAUCCGCGCAUUGCAUGUGUAAGCCAGGCUAUCAAUUGAAAGGACAUGGAAAAUGUGUUGUUGCCAGACAAUCAACAUUUUUAGUAUAUGGAAAAGGGCGACCUGGAAUGGUGAAAGGUAUAAGCAUGACACCAAGGCUACGAAAACAAGAUGUGUUUCUUAAUUUAAUAAUACACGAUUUGAAACAACCAACUGCAUUAAGUUUCGAUGUAAAAACACAAUAUAUAUAUUAUUCAGAUGUGAAAAGAUAUGUAAUUGAACGUCUCAAGGUUGAUGGUUCCGUCCGUGAAGUAGUAUUAAGUAAUAGAAUAAAUAAUUGUGCUGGUCUAGCUAUUGAUUGGAUGGCACGAAAUAUUUAUUGGACUGAUGAAUUAUUAUCACAGAUUAAUGUUGCAAAAUUAUCAAAUGUUACACAACGUAAAUUAUUAGUACAUGGAAGUAAUUUUCAUCCACGAUCAAUCAUACUUGAUCCAAAACGCGGUAUUAUGUAUUGGACCAGUUGGGCAUCAUCCAUAAACGAUAAAGGAACAAUUGAAAAAGCAUGGAUGGAUGGAACCCAUCGUGAAGUAUUUGUAAAUGGAUCAUUACAAUGGCCGAAUGGCCUUACGAUUGAUUAUGUUGCCAAAAAGUUAUAUUGGUGCGAUGCAUUUUUGAACAAAAUUGAACGAAUGGAUUUUGAUGGUAAAAAUCGUGAAAUAGUAUUAAGUGGUGACCAAUUAGAUCAUCCAUACGGCUUAACAUAUCAUAAUAAUACAAUCUAUUGGUCUGAAUUUCAAAAAGGCCAUAUACAAAUGUUAAAUUUAGCAAAUAAAUCAGCAAUAUACACUUUGGCUACGGAAAAUGCGCCUGUUUAUGAAAUACGUGUUUUUGAUAAUAAAACGCAACAAGGUACGAACGAUUGUUCACAUAACAAUAACAAUUGUUCGGAAUUAUGUCUAUCAACACCACAUGGUGCAUUAUGCGCAUGCUCUGAUGGUUUUAUAUUAAACCAUCAAAAUGAAUGUAUCCCACAAAAGAAUUACACUUCACCAACAGCAUGUACACAAGAUGGCUCAUUUCAAUGUCUGAAAAAUCUACGUUGCAUUGAAGAGCGUUACGUAUGCGAUGGCGAUGACGAUUGUGGCGAUGGAUCUGAUGAGGAUCGUGGCCCGAAUGGUAUAUGUGAGAAUAAAGUAUGUCGUAAAGAUACAUUUUUAUGUGAUAGCACGCGAUGUAUUCGCACGCAUUGGCUAUGUGACGGUGAUAAAGAUUGUGUUGAUGGAACAGAUGAAGAUCCAGCAUUUUGUAAAAAUUCUACAUGCUCACCACAACAGUUUACAUGCAAGGAGACAGGACGUUGUAUACCGUUAUCAUGGACAUGUGAUCGGCAAUAUGACUGUGGUGGGGAUGAUAAAAGUGAUGAAAGUGAAAAUUGUAAAGAACAAGAAUGUUUUGCAACAGAAUUUACAUGUCACAAUAAACAUUGUAUCCCACUAGAAUUCUAUUGUGAUGGAGAUGAUGAUUGUCAGGAUGGUUCCGAUGAAAAAGGCUGUGAAGAACAUUGUAAUACUGAUACACAUUUCUAUUGUGCAGCAGAUGAUACAUGUUUAAAACAUUCCGUUAAAUGUAAUGGAAUUUAUGAUUGUUCAGAUGGUAUGGAUGAAUAUAAAUGUCCACCAGGACAAUUUGUUCCUUCAACCAAUACUGACGAAGAUCCAUUUGAUAUACAUAAUUAUGGAGAAGUUUGUGCGUCACAUCAAUUUAAAUGUCAUUCAAGAACGCAAUGCAUUCAAGCGAUUUUCCGUUGUGAUGGUGUACAAGAUUGUGUGGAUGGAUCAGAUGAAGUUAAUUGUACAUCAACAACACCAAAUCCAACAGAUGAAAUGGAAACAACAAAAAAUUCGAUCCUGGAAUGUGAAUAUCCGAAUCAUUUUUGUGAUAAUCAAACAAAAUGUAUUUCUGUUCAUUCAUUGUGUGACGAUCAACCGGAUUGUGAAGACAAAUCUGAUGAAGGUUUUCGAUGUAGUGAACAAUUAUGUUUACAUCGUAACGAUUGUUCUCACAACUGUAAAAACUCACCAGAAGGUAUGGUAUGUUAUUGUCCACCAAAUUUACAUCUUCAAGCUGAUCGUGUAACAUGCUCCGAAGAACAUCCUUGCAAAGCAUGGGGAACAUGUUCACAAAAAUGUGAGCCAAUAAAUUCACAUCGACAUAAAUGCGCUUGUUACGAUGGAUAUCGUUUAGAGGACGAUGGUUUUACAUGUAAAAGUUUAGAUGGUGCAAUACCUUUUGUUAUUUUCUCAAAUCGACAUGAAUUGCGUGCUGUCGAUUUGCAUACGUUUAAUGUGAAAGCAUUAAUAUCAAGUUUAAAGAAUACAAUUGCAUUAGAUUUUUAUCAUGCUGGAAAUACAACAAUGGUAUUUUGGACCGAUGUAAUUGAUGAUAAAAUUUAUAGGGGUACACUAAUUGGAGGAUCAUUAUCAAAUAUUGAAGUGGUUGUACAAACUGGAAUAGCAACUGCUGAAGGUCUUGCAGUCGAUUGGAUCGGGCAGAAUUUAUACUGGGUAGAAAGUAAUUUAGAUCAAAUAGAAGUAGCAAGAUUAAAUGGAUCAUUUCGACGUACAUUGGUAGCUGGUGACAUGGAAUCUCCACGUGCAAUUGCAUUAGAUCCACGAGUUGGUUUAUUAUUUUGGACUGAUUGGGAUGCAAACGCACCACGUAUUGAACGUUGCUCAAUGGCAGGCACAUCACGUACAAUUGUUGUACAAGUUGAUAAAUUAACUAAAGGUGCUUGGCCAAAUGGUCUUACAUUGGAUUACGCAUUACGGCGUAUUUAUUGGGUGGAUGCACGAUCAGAUUCGAUUCAUACCACGGAUUAUGAUGGUUUGAAUCAUCAUGAAGUUAUACGUGGACAUGAAGCAUUAUCGCAUCCUUUUGCAAUUGCGUUGUAUGAAAAUUAUGUUUAUUGGACAGAUUGGCGUAGUAACAGUGUUAUUCGUGCGAACAAAUGGAAUGGUAGUGAUGUCACUGUCAUACAAAGAACAUUAACACAACCAUUCGAUAUACAGAUUUUACAUCCAAGCCGACAACCUCAAAUAAAAAAUCCAUGUGGUGAAAAUAAUGGAAAUUGUUCACAUUUAUGUUUAUUGAACGUGAAUAAUACGUACAAAUGUGAUUGCCCUCAUGUGAUGAAACUUGAAAAAGAUAAACGAACUUGCGUAGUAAAUGAACGCGUAUUAUUAUUUUCACGUGCAAAUGAAAUACGUGGCGUUGAUUUAAGUCAACCAUAUUAUCACACAAUUCCAACAAUCAGCGUACCACAAGUACUAUCACCCAGUCAAAUUGAUUUCGAUGCAAAAACAUCAACCUUAUAUUGGACUGAUCCACAAAUAAGUGAAGUAAAACGUAGUGGUUUGACAUCUGGACCAACGCAAACAAUCAUCGAUGCUGGUUUAGAGAAUCCGCGGGGCUUGGCGAUUGAUUGGAUAUCAGAUUUAAUGUUUGUUUCAUCAACUAAAAAUGGAAUAAAUUUUAUUUUUGCCUGUAAUUUAAAUGGUGAAUAUUCGUCGAUUAUAUUAGAGAAUGAAACGUUACCGGUUAUAACAAGUUUAACGGUCGAUCCAACACGUGGGCAAUUGUAUUUUAUAUAUAAUAAUAAAAAUGUGACAUCAUUAAAUGGUUUACAUGUAAUCGAAGCAUCGAAAAUGGAUGGGUCUGAUCGUGAAAUUCUUUAUCAGUCGAGCAGUAUAUCUUCAGGACCACAAAGUUUAUACAUGGAUCUGGAAUCAUCACGUUUGUAUUGGGUUCACACGGAAUUAUCAAAAAUUCAAUAUUACGAUUUUAAACUAAAAAAGAUCCAACAAGUUCCAUUAGAAUCAAAUAUUGAACCAGUAGCAUUAGUAGUGUAUCAAGGCAAGCUAUAUUAUGCAAAUCAAGAAGAUUCAGCAAUACAUGUUGUUGAUAAAACCACUGGUGAAGGUGAUGUUAUUUUACGUAACAAUACCGGACAUAUUUUAUCGUUACGUAUUUACGAUCCAAACAUACAAAAGGGUAACAACUCAUGUGGUUUUAAAAAAGGUGGAUGCCAACAUUUAUGUUUACCACUAUCAGCGAAAACACAUCGAUGUAAAUGUGCCACCGGUUAUAAUACAGAUCCAAAAGAUCCAACAAAGUGUAUUGGUAUUGCUGAAUUUUUACUGUAUUCAAUCAAUUGGGAUUUUCGUGGUUUAGCACUCGAUGGUAACAAUUUAACACAAGUAUUGGGACCAAUUUCAAAAGUAUCAAUGGCAAAUAGUAUUGAUUUUCAUGCGGAAAAUGAUUUUAUUUAUUGGGCCGACAGUGAUCAUGGAUCGAUUACACGUAUUAAACGUGACGGCACUGAAAGACAAGUGGUUAUAGAGCAAGUAGAAACAAUUGAUUCGAUAGCAGUUGAUUGGUUGAAUGGUUUGGCUAUUGAUUGGAUUGCGGGUAACAUGUAUUGGGCUGAUCCGAAACAUAAUUUAAUUGAAGUAUCUAGGCUGAAUGGAUCUUCAAGAUUUGUCGUAGUAACCCAUGACAUUUCAAGACCCACUGCCAUAUGUGUGGAUCCAGUACAAGGCUACCUAUUCUGGUCGGGUUCAGGGAAAAUAAAGAGUGCUCGUUUAGAUGGGAGCAAUCAACAAACAUUAAUACAAAAUUCGGGAACAAUUACAGACAUUACAUUAGAUUAUCAAAAUAAGAAAUUAUAUUGGUUAAAUAUGAGCGGAGCCCGAAUCGAACGAAUGAACUAUGAUGGAACAGAUCGUGAAGCCGUUUUGGAUCAUUCAUUGGAAAGUCCUAUGGGAAUAUCAAUAAUAAAUGAUACUCUUUAUUGGGUAGAUACCGUUUAUGAACAUGGCUCGAUUAAUACAGCUCAUUUAUCAAAUACAAGUAAUAUAAAAAUUUUAUUAAAAAAUGUUGGUGAUUCUUUGAAAGACAUACAAAUAUUCUCAAAGCUACGGCAAGUUGGUACCAAUGGUUGUGCAAAAAAUAAUGGUGGCUGUGCUGAAUUAUGUUUAUUUAAUGGUACACAUCCAAUAUGUGCAUGUCCACAUGGUAAGUUAGCAAAAGAUGGCCGAUCGUGUGAAGAAUAUGAUUCUUUUAUAAUGUAUUCACGUGUUGUACGCAUUGAUUCAAUACAUAUGUUUGAUGCAAACAAUUUAAAUGCACCUUAUCCAAGUAUACAAAAUCGUGAUUUAAUACGAAAUGCAAUUGGUUUAUCAUUUGAUUAUGCACGUAGUAAAUUAUUCUAUUCAGAUAUUCAGCGUGGUUCUAUCAAUUCUGUUUACUUUAACGGAUCCAAUAACAUAGUUAUUGUUGACAGGCAAGGUUCAGUCGAAGGUUUAGCGUACGAACGUAUAAAUAACAUGCUGUUCUGGACAUGUAAUAACGAUGCAACAAUACAUAAAAUUAAUUUAACUGACGAUAAUAUACGAUUAAAUAAUUCAAAAGUUGAACAAGUGAUUAAAUUAAGUUUAGAUGAUAAACCGCGUGGUAUUGCUGUAGAUAGUUGUGAGAUGCGUAUAUAUUGGACAAACUGGAAUAGUUUACAACCAUCGAUUCAACGUGCAUACACAACUAGUUUUAAAUUAGAAAGUAUCAUUACAAAAGAUAUUCGUAUGCCAAAUGCAAUCACUUUGGAUCAUAAAGAACGUAAAUUAUAUUGGGGUGAUGCACGAUUAGAUAAAAUUGAAAGGUGUGACUAUGAUGGCUCAAAUCGUGUGAUUAUUGUUGAAAAAACACCACAACAUCCAUUCGAUAUUGCUGUUUAUGGUGAUUAUUUAUAUUGGACUGAUUGGGUUUUACAUGCUGUGAUACGUGCUAAUAAAUUUUCAUCGGAGGAGCUUGUAUGGUUACGUGGCGAUGUACCACGACCAAUGGGUAUUAUAGCUGUUGCAAACGACUCCACAGAAUGUGAUAUCACCCACCCCUGUAAUAUAAUGAAUGGAGGAUGUGAAGAUAUUUGUAUGAUGGGUGACAAUGGAGAAAUUAUGUGUACAUGUCAAAGUGAUCGAAUUUUAGCUGAGGAUAUGAAACGUUGUAUCACAUCUGAUAAAAAAAUUGAGUGCGAUAGUGAUGCAUUUAGAUGUUCCGAUGGUGGAUGUAUUCCAUUUAAUUUAACAUGUGAUGGUAUUAAUCAUUGUCUGGAUAAAAGUGACGAAAAUCCUAGUUAUUGUUUAUGGCGUGAAUGUCGUCCUGGAUAUUUCCGUUGUCGAAACAGUCGUUGCAUUAACAUGAAAUUAACCUGUAAUACAAUGGAUAAUUGUGGUGAUGGAAGUGACGAGUUAAAUUGCUCCUGCUCCCCUGAUAUUCAUUUUCGAUGUGUAUCUGAUGGCAAAUGCAUACCAAAAACAUUUCACUGUGAUGGAGAUCCCGACUGUGAGGAUGCUUCCGAUGAAUAUCAUUGUCAACCGAUAAAUUGUUCAGCUAUUUAUUCAGAAAAAGAUAUGAUUAAUUGUAAGCACACCACGACUGCUUGUAUUCAUAAAGCUUGGAUUUGCGAUGGUGAAAAAGAUUGUUGGGACAAUAGCGAUGAAGCAAAUUGUACGAUAUUGACGACUACUGAAGCACAACAAUGCGAUAGUGGAGAAUUCCGGUGCCGCAAUGGAUAUUGUAUUUUAGAUACUUGGCGCUGUGAUGGUGAUAACGACUGUCAAGAUGAGAAAGAUAAUAAUUCAAAAAGUUCCGAUGAGGAAGAUUGUGAAUAUUGCCGUGCACAACAAUUCCAAUGCGAUAAUAGCGAUGAAUGUAUUCCAAUAUCGUUCCUUUGCGAUGGGUCACCAGAUUGUAGUGAUUUAUCAGACGAAAGCCAUCACUGUCGAAGUAGAAAAUGUGAAACAGGUCAAUUUAAAUGCAAUUCAACCGGGAGAUGUAUUCCGUGGAGUUGGGUAUGUGACGGUGAUGCUGAUUGUACGGAUGGAGCUGAUGAGAAUAAAGAGCGUGACUGUACUCAUCCAACUGGACAUGACGAAGAUGCCGUAACCUUCUGUAUGAGUGAUGAAUUUCAAUGUCGUAAUGGACAAUGUAUUUCAAAACAAUAUUUCUGCGAUUAUGACAAUGAUUGUGGAGAUUCUUCAGAUGAACCAGAUAUCUGUAAAUAUUUUGGUGCAAACAGUGAUUAUUCGCAUUGCCAAGAAAAUGAAUUUAAAUGUAACAAUGGGCGAUGUAUUUUAAAGGCAUGGAAAUGUAAUGGAAAUGAUGAUUGUGGGGAUAAUUCCGAUGAAAAUGAUAAAUCUUGUGCCAAUUUAAAACCAACUGAUUGUAAAUCGCAAGGCUUAUUUGAAUGUACGAAUAAAGUAUGUGUUAAAGAGAGUUUGCUAUGUGAUGGCCAAGAUGAUUGUGGCGAUUUUAGCGAUGAAAAUAUUUGUAAUAUUAACGAAUGUAAUGAUCAUACUCUUUGUAAGCCACAUAAAUGUGUUGAUAAACCAAUUGGUUUCGAGUGUAAUUGUAGCACAGGAUAUAAGAAUAAUGCAACGAAUCCACUAAUUUGUGAAGAUAUUAACGAAUGUUUAGUACAACGUCCUUGUACCCAGCAAUGUUUAAACACAGAAGGUUCUUUUAAGUGUAGCUGUAUUGAUGGCUACAAGUUAUUAUCAAAUCGCCGUUCUUGUAAAUCAACUAGUCACGUGCAAGCAACACUAAUAUUCACAAAUCGUUAUUAUAUACGUGAGUUAGAUUUAGUGGGGAAUGUUCAAUUAUUAGCUCACAAUUUAACAAAUGCCGUGGCAUUAGAUUUUGAUUGGGAAGAUAGUUAUAUAUACUGGUCAGACGUGACAGCGUUAGGAUCAUCAAUUAGACGUAUGAAAUUGGAUCGUACUAAACAGAAUACAACAUAUCAAAUAUUACAUCAAGCUACACUACAAAAUCCUGAUGGAUUAGCUGUCGAUUGGAUUGGCCGUAAUUUAUAUUGGUGUGACAAAGGUUUAGAUACAAUUGAAGUAUCGACACUAAAUGGGAAAUAUCGUAAAGUUUUAAUUAAUAAGGGAUUAGAAGAACCACGUGCAAUUACAUUAGAUCCAGAGCAUGGAUACAUGUAUUGGACUGAUUGGGGCUCGGAAUCACACAUUGGUAAAGCUGGAAUGGAUGGAUCAAACCCUCGUGUAAUUGUUAAUGAAUAUUUAGGAUGGCCAAAUGCACUAACUAUAUCGUAUGAAACAAAUGAAUUAUUUUGGGGAGAUGCACGUGAAGACUAUAUUGCUGUAUCAAAUUUGGAAGGACAAAAUGUCAAAAUUAUUAUAAGUCGUUCCCAAAAUCCAGAUAUUAAUUUACAUCAUAUAUUUGCAGUAGCUGUUUGGGAGGAUUAUCUUUAUUACACAGAUUGGGAAACAAAAUCAAUACAAAGAUGCCAUAAAUACGAUGGAACGAAUUGUACACAACUUACUACGGCCAUACAUCGACCAAUGGACAUUCAUGUGCUACAUCCAUAUCGUCAAAAACCAUUACAGGCACACGCAAAUCCAUGUGCGGUACAUAAUUGUUCCACGCUAUGUUUAUUAACACCGGAACCACCGUAUUAUAAAUGCGCAUGUCCUGAAAAUUAUGUGCUAGAUCCAAUUGAUAGAAGUAGUUGUAAAUCAAAUUGUACAUCGUCACAUUUUAUAUGUGAUAAUACCUACAAAUGUAUACCAUUUUGGUGGAAAUGUGAUACACAAGAUGAUUGCGGUGACGGUUUUGAUGAACCAGACACCUGUCGGAAGUUUACAUGUAUGCCAGGACAAUUUCAAUGUAAUAACACGGAAUGUAUACAUCCUUCGUUGUUAUGUAAUGGUGUUGAAGAUUGUACAGACGGGUCUGAUGAACAUGAAUGUAACAAGUACUCGUGUCUCAGUACACAAUUUAAGUGCCAUGGAAAUGAAACAAAAUCAGAUUGGUGUAUUCCAAGUGCUAAACAUUGUGACGGUGUAACGGAUUGUUUAAAUGACGAAGAUGAAAUAAACUGCCCAUUAAAAACAUGCCCACCAAAUCAAUACCCAUGUGAAAAUGGCAAAUGUAUUCCAGCUGUUUGGGUUUGUGACGGUGAUAACGAUUGCGGGGACAAAUCUGACGAACAACAUGACUGUGCAAAUCGUGCAUGUGCACCAGAUCAUUUCAAAUGUAAAACUGGACGUUGUAUACCAAAAACAUGGCUAUGUGAUGGUGAUCCUGAUUGUACGCAUGGUGAAGAUGAACCGAAAAAUUGUAGUAUGCCUGAAUUUCAUACGUGCGAGCCCACAUAUUUCAAAUGCGCUAAUAACAAAUGUAUUCCUGGUAGAUGGCAGUGUGAUUAUGAAAAUGAUUGUGGUGAUAAUUCUGAUGAAGUAAAUUGUCGCCCUCGACAAUGCUCAGAAUCAGAAUUCCGUUGUAAUGACGGACGUUGUAUACGUGGCCAACAUCGUUGUGAUGGUGAAUAUAAUUGUGAUGAUCAUUCGGAUGAAUUACAAUGUAAUACAACAUGCCGUCCAAAUGAAUAUCAAUGCAAAAAUCCUAAAUUUUGUAUUUACAUUGAAUGGCGUUGUGAUGGCGAUGCAGAUUGUUCAGAUGGUACAGACGAACUAAAUUGUACAGAAAGUUGUUCAUCAAAUGACUUUAAAUGUAACAACAAUCAAUGUAUACCAAUAACAUGGCGUUGUGAUGGACAAGAUGAUUGUGGUGAUAAAUCUGAUGAGAAUACAGAUGUUUGUUCACAAUUCUCAUGUUUACCAGGCCGUUAUCGAUGUAACAAUCAUCAAUGUAUACAGGAGAAACAUGUUUGUGAUGGACGUAAACAUUGUGAUGAUGGUAGUGAUGAGAAUGAAUUGGCAUGUAAAACUAAAAAUGCACAUACACCACGUAAAGAAUGUAAUUUCGAUACACAAAAAUGUCAUGCAGGCACUUGUAAAUCAAUACGUUGUGAUGGGGUUGUUGAUUGCGAAGACAGUAGCGAUGAAGAAAAUUGUCAACCUAAAAUUUGUCAAUGGAACACAUGUUCACAAUUAUGUAUUGAAAAGAAACAUGGAAAUCAUUCAUGUCGAUGUGCGCCCGGUUAUCACUUACAAUCGGUAACGAAAGGUUCAACAUGUGAGGCAUCUGGUCGACCGGCUUCAUUAAUGGUUGCCAGUGAAGCUGAACUACGCCUUUUAUCGCCUUAUAAGGCUGGUGAAAAUUCACCAAAUCAUUUAUUAGACAAAACAGCAACAGCUGCUGGUUUUAAAGUAGAUGCUAUUGACGUAUUAUGGGAUCCACGUGGUUCUUAUGUAUUUUGGUCGGACAAACAAAAUAAACGUGUUCAAAGUUUACGUUUAAAGAGUGAUUCUACAACAACUGGACGAUCGAAACGUGAUAUUGAUCAAAUUCAAACUAUUUUAACUGGAUUAGAAGAUCCUCGAGGUGUAGCCAUUGAUUGGAUAACAAAGAAUUUGUAUAUAAUUGAAGCAGGAGCUCAACCAUCACCAAGAAUUAUUGUUUCAACAAUAAAUAUGGGUGGAUCAGCCAAUUUAACACUCAUAGACAAAGGAUUAAAUCAACCAAAUGACAUUGUCUUAGAACCAGCUUUAGGUGUUAUGGUAUGGACUGAUUGGGGUCCAAAACCGCGUAUAGAAAUUGCAUCAUUAGAUGGAACUGAUAGACAUUAUUUAGUUAGCAAUGAUAUUCAAUACCCAACAAGUAUUGCCAUUGAUCAUCCAGUUCAAAGAUUAUAUUGGGUAGAUCCAAAAGAACGUGUUAUUGAAAGUAUUUCAUUGCGCGGGAAUGAUCGACAAGUUGUCCGAUAUUUUUACGGAGAUGAGAAACCUUAUAAAAUGGAAUUAUUUGAAGAUACAAUUUAUUUAUCAACAUUACAUAAUCAUAAUAUAUUACAUUUGGAUAAGUUUAAUCGAUCGGAACCGAAAUAUUUGGUGCAAGGGUUACCAAAAAUAUCACACAUUUUAAUUAUUCAUGAAAAUAAACAAGAUCUUUCUCUUACAAAUCCAUGUAAAAAACUGCCAUGUGGACAACAGGCUAUGUGUUUUUUGACCACAAAUUCCACUAAACGUAGUUGCCGCUGUCCAGAAGGUUUAACAACGGUUGAAAAGAAAGAUGAAGUAAUAUGUAAAAUAAAUGCAGGAGUAUUACCCGUAAAUAAAACAUGCCCAUUAAAUUGUCAUGCGGGUGUGUGCCAAGUAACAAACUUAGGACCAAAAUGUAUCUGCCCGCCAAUGUAUGAAGGUGCACAUUGUGAAACUUAUCGAUGUUCACAAUUUUGUAAAAACAAAGGAUUAUGUUAUGUGGAUCAUUUAUCAUUAAAACCAUCUGCAGAUUCGGUACCGCCUUUGAAGUGUAAUUGUCUGGCUCAAUGGACCGGCGAACGAUGUGAAACCCCAGUAAGACUUUGUGAUGGCCGAUGUUAUAAUGGUGGAACAUGUACAACACGAUUAGGAAUACCAGAAUGCAACUGUCCAUCAGGUUUUACAGGUGCUCGUUGUGAAAAUUGUUUACGAUUAACAUGUCAGAAUGGUGGUAUAUGUUAUAAGAAUGAAAAUGGCAUUGAAUCGUGUCGAUGCCCGCAAGGUUACUUAGGUGUUAAAUGUCAGACAUCACAAUGUGAUAAUCAUUGUAAAAAUAAUGGUACAUGUAUGCUAACUGCAAAUGGUCCACAGUGUUUAUGUCCAGCUGGUUUUAAUGGCAAGAAAUGUGAUCAAGAUGCUUGUAAAGAUCAUUGUAAAAAUGGAGGUAUUUGUUUCAAAACAGCAAAACAAUUAACGUGUAAGUGUCCAUCAUUGUAUAGUGGACGCCGUUGUGAACGUGAUAUGUGUGAUCAAAAUCCAAACUUGGAUGGGUGUGCAAAUCGUUCAGCCCUAUGUCCAAAUGCACGCUGUCUAAAUGGUGGUUCAUGUAGGAUAAUUAAAAAUUCUCAUUUAUGUCAAUGUUUUGAUCCAUGGGCUGGAUUACAUUGUGAGACAUUUAUUGGUUAUGACAGUCCAUGCAAAGAUUUUUGUGAAAAUGAUGGUAUUUGUACAGUAUUGAGUGUAUCAUCACGGCCUAGAUGCACCUGCCAAGUGGGAUGGGUCGGUGAUCGAUGUUCAGAACGACGAAUGUGUGCUGAUUAUUGUUUCAAUGGUGCUACUUGUAAAGAAAAUGAUGAUCAUACAAAACCAUUAUGCAUUUGUCCGCCAGAUUAUACAGGAUUACGUUGUGAGACGAAUAAUUAUCAUAUUACACCAAUGAUUGCAAAUCAAAGUUCGUCGGAGAGUGGUGCUGGUCAAUUUUUAAUUGGUGUAUCCGUCAUUUUUGGGAUAAUAGUUAUUAUUUGUGGAAUUUUAACUGGUGGAUAUUUCUUAUUACGAAAACGUAGAGGUUGGAAACCGUUUAUGCAUUCAAGAUUACAAGAUAAUGUAGAAAUUUCAAAUCCAAUGUAUUUAAAUGAAGAUUUAGACGAUGACGGCGAUGAUCCACUAGAAAGAAGUUUCACUUUGGACUCGGAUAAGGUAAUUGGUGGUAAUUUUGCAAAUCCUGUAUACGAUUCAAUGUAUAACGCUGAUAAUGGACAUGCAAGUGAAGAAAAAGCUGUGCUAUUAAAGAAUUUAAAAGAAGAUCAACCAGUAUCAGGAAAUGAAUCUUUAUAGUUAAUAAAUUAAUUAAUUAUUGUUUUAAUUUGUGCCAAUUAAUUUUGUAUAUUUAAUCAUUUGUUAGAAAAUAACGUGAUACACCCCCCAUAUCAAUUGAAACGAUAUAAGAAAUAAUCGACAGACAAUUUAUUUUUAAUUGAAACAAAUUGGCAACUAAUAAAUGGAACUAAGGCUGCUUAAAAAAGAUUAUAAAAUAAUAUGUGUGAGUAUAUGAUUGAAUGAACUUGAUCUCUAAAAAAAAGCUAUCGUUUGAAUAAAAACAAGAUGGUUGUGCAUAUUAUUGGUUGUGUUAAAAUUGUAUCAGCUUCACUAAUAAGUGUAAAUUUAUUUAUUUUACAUUGAAUUGUGAGGAUUGAGUAACAUUCAAUCAUAUUCUUACAGAAUAAUUUUUAUCAAUGUAAAAUUUUAACAUUUUAUUUUAAAUAACUUGCCAUAUUUAUUGAAUUAAGUAUGUGAAAAUAUAAUUUUUAUAGAAACAUUUUUUAUGUAAUUAAAAAAGAUUUGUUUUAAAAUAGACCACCGAUAUGAAAUUUGUAACGUGUGAAUCGUGAUUGUUAAUUUAAUAUAUUUAAUGUUUAAGAUUAAAAUUUGAGUACGUCGGCAUCUUGCCAUUUUAUUUGUGAUUUUUAAUUUUACUCAUUUUUUUUUUACAAAUGUAUCCCAAAAAAAAAAUAAAAUUCAAAAUAAAUUUUAAAAAAUGCCACUAAAUCAACUUUUAACAUUCUGUCUGGCAACUCCCGAAAAACUGUCAUCUGAUCAAAAAACGAUCUAUAUGUAUUCAAAUUUUACUGCUACUUCUUACUUUACUAGAACAGGGCAAUCUCUACGCAUAAAGAAUCCGAAUUGUAAUUUUAAGAAUACUGUUAAAUAGAUUUUUCUAAAUACUAGAAACAAAUUCGUUGGUUCUUAAUCCGAAAUUUAUUCAGGGAUUGCUAGACUUAAUAUCCAUCUGUAAACCCGACAGGUAUCAGUAUUCAAUAAAAAAAAAAAGUUAUUAUUUGGUAGGUGGCGUUUAUUAGAAUUUAAAAUUUAAAGAGAGAGACAUAGAAAGUGGAACAUAAUUUUAAAGUUUGAUUUAAAAAUUAAAAUCAAAAUUUUGUCAACGUUUUUUCCUUGAAGAAUAGAGAAGACAUAUUAAAAUUUACGAAAAUACUCGUAAAAAAAUCAAAUAUAUAAAUAUAUAUGUAUUAUUUAGUAAAUCCGAUGUUUCCUUCUUCAAAGGGAAAUGAAGAACGAAACCUCUAUAAAAUAAUAAUUUGACCCGUAUAAGAGUAACCGAUUUUUUACCUAGACCUUUCUCACUCUGGCUCCCGAAGCACUUAACUUAGCUAAGUAAAAAUAUAAUCACUUUUAAAAACUUCAGGCUCAAGAUGAAGUUUUUGAUUAUUAAAUAUAAAAAUAGUCAUUUUUCGAAUUUUAUAUGCCAAUUUUAAUAAACAAAAAUGUUUGGCAGGUCAAGGAUAAUUUUUGGAAA